UUCCAGACGGUAGAUACGCAUAGAUAGAGAUAUGGAUCCGGAGGCCUUCACGGCAAGUUUGUUCAAGUGGGACCCGCGAACAGUGGUGCCAGCACCCAACCGUCUUCUCGAAGCGGUGGCUCCACCGCCCCAACCUGCGGCAGGGUACGCGGUGAGACCGAGGGAGCUGUAUGGGCUGGAGGAGUUGUUUCAGGCAUAUGGGAUAAGGUACUACACGGCUGCGAAGAUAGCUGAGCUUGGAUUCACUGUGAGCACGCUUUUGGACAUGAAAGACGAGGAGCUUGAUGAGAUGAUGAACAGUUUAUCUCAGAUUUUCAGGUGGGAUCUUCUUGUUGGAGAGAGAUAUGGUAUAAAGGCAGCGGUUAGAGCUGAGAGGAGGAGGCUCGAGGAGGAGGAUUCUCGGCGAAGACAUCUUCUGUCAGGAGAUACUGCCAACGCUCUCGAUGCUCUCUCCCAAGAAGGGUUAUCAGAGGAACCAGUGCAGCAAGAGAAGGAAGCGGCAGGGAGCGGCGGAAGUGGAGCGUGGGAGGCGGCAGCAGGAGAGAGGAAGCAGCAGCAGCGACGGAGGAAAGGGCAUAGGAAGGUGGUGGAUGUUGAUAAUGAUGAUGAAAACGAGAACGAUGAAAAUGGUGGUGCAGGUGGGUAUGAGAGACAACGCGAGCACCCAUUUAUUGUCACGGAGCCUGGGGAAGUGGCACGUGGAAAGAAGAACGGCCUUGAUUACCUCUUCCAUCUCUACGAGCAGUGCCGUGAAUUCUUGAUACAAGUCCAGAACAUUGCCAAGGACCGCGGAGAAAAAUGCCCCACUAAGGUGACAAAUCAGGUGUUUAGGUACGCCAAGAAGGCGGGAGCGAGCUACAUCAACAAGCCCAAAAUGCGGCAUUAUGUGCACUGCUAUGCCCUUCAUUGCCUUGAUGAGGAGGCGUCCAAUGCGCUGAGAAGAGCUUUCAAGGAGAGAGGAGAAAAUGUUGGAGCUUGGAGACAGGCAUGCUACAAGCCACUUGUGACCAUAGCAGCACGCCAAGGGUGGGACAUUGAUGCUAUUUUCAAUGCUCAUCCUCGUCUCGCCAUUUGGUAUGUACCCACUAAGCUUCGUCAAUUGUGUCAUGCAGAGCGCAACAGUGCUGCAGCAUCCAGCUCUGUCUCUGGUGGGGGUGAUCACUUGCCUUUCUAAGGCUUCACGAGUGAGAGAAUUUUCUCUAAAUCCUAGUUAUAUUCUGUGUUGUUGUAGCUUAGGACAAUUGCCACAUCAUGGAUGCUUGCACUUCACAUCCAUAGUUUACAAUGUACUACUUAAUAGGAUAAGCUAUUAUCAUUGGUUACUUCCUAUGACUAUAUUUUAUUUGGCUUAA